AUUUUAUUUUAAUUCUCAGGUGGAGUGAGUGUUGAUUGUCCUUUGAUUAGUCGAUGAAAAAGAGAUUACAGUUAAUCACAAUUAAGUAAAUUCAAUUUGGAUUAAUCAAUGUGACAAUUUUUUUGUUCAUUUCUAAAAGACAACUUAUUCAAUUGAUUCCAAUGAUCCAAACAGGUAGAACACCAAUGAAAAAACCGCCGCCGGCAAUUAAACCAAAGCCGAAAUUAAUUCCAAUCGGUAACAGCAAUGGCACCAAAGAUCCCGUCGAGGUUUAUUGUAGAUUGAGGCCAAUUAAAAACGCUGCUGAUUGUGUUUGUAUCAAAAGGCUAAACAACAACACACUACAAUUAAUGUCGUUCGGUAAUAAUAAGAUCGAAUCCUUUUACACCUUCAAGUAUGUUUUUCCCGAGACGACGAACCAGAAGGAACUAUUUGAUCGAGUUGGACUGCCGCUCAUCGAGAAUCUGGUCAAUGGUAAAAAUAGCCUUUUAUUCACCUAUGGAAUCACUUCUUCGGGCAAGACAUUUACAGUUACUGGUAGUUCGCAAGAAUGUGGAAUUUUACCUCGAACUUUGGACGUUCUAUUCAAUUCGAUUGAGGGUAACAUGGCGCGGAAGUUUAUAUUCAAAGCUGAUGAGCAAAAUGGCUUCAAGAUUCAAUCGACACCCGAUGCGCUCUUAGAGUGGCAACGAGAGAAACAAGUCUCUCGAACUCCUUCGUCUUUGGCCGCUACACCUAAAGUUAGAAAGCGAGAAGUUGAUGACCUUAAAGAAUGGGAGAAUCGAGAACGCGAUGAGACUCUGGUUGACAUUGAGGUUAAGGGGAACGCUUUUGCCGUUUUCAUUUCUUAUGUUGAAAUUUACAACAAUUACAUUUACGAUCUUCUCGACGAUGAAGCGAUGGUCGAUCCGUUCAAGACUCAACAGCCUCGAUCAAAGGUUUUACGCGAAGACAAAAAACGUCGGGUUUUUGUCCACAAUGCAACCGAAAUCGAGGUGAGCUCAUCUGAUGAAGCCUUCGACCUGUUUGUCAAGGGUAUUAGGCGACGACGAAUGGCCCAUACAGCACUAAACACCGAAUCGAGCCGAUCUCAUUCCGUUUUCAAUAUUCGAGUGGUUCAAGCUCCAACCGACGCUGAAGGUGAAGUCAUUUUAGACGAUAAAUUUAUGACCGUUAGUCAAUUGUCUCUAGUUGAUCUCGCCGGUAGUGAGCGCUCUCAACGCACUCAAACCACAGGGGAAAGACUACGAGAAGCGGGUAACAUCAAUAACUCCCUAAUGGCCCUAAGAACGUGCAUUGACCUGCUGCGAGAGAAUCAAAAAUACGGAACCAAUAAGAUUGUCCCUUAUCGAGACAAUAAACUGACCCAUCUAUUCAAAAGCUACUUCGAGGGCGAAGGUAAAAUCAAGAUGAUCAUUUGCGUUAAUCCAGGAGCAGAAGAUUUCGAUGAAACUUUGCAUGUGAUGAAAUUCGCGGAGACAACACAAGAAGUGCUUAUCAAUCGCGCAACUGACCUACCCUUCCACUUGAGGGUAUCACAUCCUUACAUGUCUAGAUUCAUCUCGUUCCCGCGUUUAGACAACAAUGAAAUGGUCGGACCCUCGUUACCGGUGUUUGAUAAAAUCGACUGGAAAGAUUCAUCAGCUCUAAAUAAUCUGAUCACUGUUUUGGAACAACGGAAACAGAAUGAGCUUCGUCACCAUGAGCGUUUACGCCAAGAAUAUUUACUUUUUCGCGAAAAAUUAGCCACCAAUGAGAGCGAAAGUAUGUUGAAUAAACAGCAACUCAACGUUCUCAGGAAUGACCUGGAAGUCCGAGAGAAUCAGCUCAAAGAAUUGGAAACAAAGUGUAGUUCCUAUGAGAAUAUAAGAGAUGAAUGUGAUCGAAAAAUUCAAUAUUUGGAAAAGAAUUUGAAAGAGAAAGAAUUGAAACUGGAGAAUAAAAUUCGCGCUCUCAACUAUGCGAACGUCGAACAAGAAAGAAACAAAAUCCAACUGGAAGAAAGACUAGAAAAGGAGAAAGAAAGACUUAAACGAGUGUUCAAUCGAGUUUUGGAAGAGAAAAAGUCGCAACUCGAACGUCAAUUGUGUCUCACCAAUGAGAAGAUGCUUUUGGUGAGAGACAUUCUAACGGCAAAUAAUUCGGAUUGGGGAUUUUUCCGAGAUUAUCUUGAGAAUCUUUAUCCAUCCGCUAAUCAUCAUGUUCUUACCUAAUCAUCAUCAUUCUCAUCAUAUUCUUUUGUAAAUAAUCUCGAAGGAAGGAAGAAGAGAAAAGAAAAAUCAAAGAGAAAAAGAGAAAAACCCCAAAAGAAAAAAAAGAAAAACAGACAAAGAAGAAAAAAAGAAAAAAGAAAGAAAAAGGUGAAAGAGAAAAUCGAACAACAAUAUUUGGCUUCAGUUCUCUUUCUUUCUCUCUGUCUGUCUCUUGUCUGCUCUCUUUUUCUCUUCUUUCCUUUUCAUUUCCCUCUCUUCUUUUAUCUUCAUCUUCCUUUAUUUCUCUCUCUCUCUCUUCUCACUUUGACCUAUGGAUGAUGAGAGUUACCAAGAUGUUAAAUUGUGUUGAGCGGUUUAUUGAUUAGCGGUUCGAUCAUCAGUUCACUUAUGGUCGCCAAUCAAUUUCAAUUUUUAUUCUUUUCUCCUUUCAUCUUGUAUUCAUUUCUGUUGUUCAAAUUAAACCGAAUUUCUUUAAUUGA